UUUCACUGAUGGAGAUGAAACCUCCUAUUUCCCGAGCAAAGAUGAUUCUCAUCACAAAAGCUGCCAUUAAAGCUAUUAAGCUCUACAAGCAUGUUGUCCAGAUUGUGGAGAAGUUUAUCAAAAAGUGCAAACCAGAGUACAAAGUCCCUGGGCUGUACGUGAUUGACUCCAUUGUUCGUCAGUCCCGGCACCAGUUUGGAACAGACAAAGAUGUUUUUGGGCCAAGAUUCUCUAAAAAUAUUACUGCCACAUUCCAGUAUUUGUAUCUGUGUCCAUCUGAAGACAAGAGUAAAAUAGUCCGUGUCCUGAACCUUUGGCAGAAAAACGGAGUAUUUAAAAUUGAAAUAAUUCAGCCUCUCCUGGAUAUGGCAGCAGGAACUAGUGCCACUGCCCCAAUGGCAGAGAAUGCCACUAACAAUGAAGGUUCGCCGCCCCCUCCGGCAAAGGUCCCCUUGGAGCCCCCUCAGGUGACUGCGAACUCAGUGCCCACCGUGCCACAGCUGCCCAGCUCCGACGCCUUCGCAGCUGUAGCUCAGCUGUUCCAGACAACACAAGGACAACAGCUUCAGCAAAUCCUGCAGACUUUCCAGCAGCCUCAGAAGCCCCAGUCACCGGUCAUAGACAACACUGUGAUGGCUCAGGUUCAAGCUAUUACUGCUCAGCUGAAAACCACAGCAGCUCAGGCACCAGAGCAAAAAGCUGCUUUCCCAGCACCUGAGCAGAAAACAUCGUUUGACAAAAAACUUCUAGAUCGGUUUGACUAUGAUGAUGAACCAGAAGCAGUGGAAGAUGCAAAGAAAGAAGAUUCAGCUCCUUCCCCUUCAGUGUCUCAGCCGGCUUUUGGGUUUCCAGCAGAAGGCAUGCAACAGCCAGUAUUUCCUCAGCUCCCAAAUAUGGAUCCUUUCCAGCAGCGGAUGAUGGGAAUGCAGCAGGAUCCAAUGCGUCACCAGGUCCCACUUCCUCCUAAUGGGCAAAUGCCAGGUUUUGGUCUCCUGCCUACCCCUCAGUUCCCACCCAUGGCUCAGCCUGUGAUUCCACCAGCAGCACCUGUGCAGCCAACUUUCCAGUCUCCUUUUCCAGUCCAGACUGAGUCACACAUGCAGAAACCCCAUCAGCAGGAUAUGGAAGUGGAGCAGCCACCUGUUCAGGAGGGCAAACGGCACGUUUCUGACAGCAGGAAGUCGAGAUCUAGAUCUGCAUCAAGGUCCCCCAAGAGGAAACGCUCCAGGUCUGGCUCCCGGUCCCGGCGCUCCCGUCACCGGCGCUCCCGGUCGCGCUCCCGGGACCGGCGCCGGCACUCGCCGAAGUCGCGCUCGCAGGAAAGGCGGGAACGGGAGCGGGAGAGGGAGCGCAGGUCCAAGGGCCUCCCCCAGAUCAAGUCAGAAACCGUCAGUGUUUGUAGUACCACACUUUGGGUAGGACAGCUCGACAAGAGAACAACUCAGCAGGAUGUUGGAAGUCUUUUGGAAGAGUUUGGCCCCAUUGAGUCGAUCAAUAUGAUCCCCCCCAGAGGAUGUGCCUACAUUGUCAUGGUGCACAGACAAGAUGCCAACAGAGCCCUCCAGAAACUGAGCCGAGGGAACUUCAAAGUCAACCAGAAAUCCAUCAAGAUUGCAUGGGCUCUGAAUAAAGGAAUAAAGCCAGACUACAAGCAGUAUUGGGAUGUGGAAUUAGGUGUGACUUACAUACCGUGGGACAAAGUCAAACCUGAAGAUCUUGAAAGCUUCUGUGAAGGGGGAAUGCUGGACAAUGAAACUCUCAGUCCAGAGUGGAAGGGAAUCCCCAAGAAGGCUGAAAAUGAAGUAGCUCAGAACGGAGGAGCAGAAGCUGCACACAAUGAACCAGUGUCACCUAUACCCAAAGCUUUACCUGUCCCUAUCCCUGUCCCCAUGCCUGCACCAAUAACAGUACCUCCUCCACAGGUUCCACCACAUCCCUCGGGGCCUCCUGUGGUUGGUGCCCUCCAACCACCUGCUUUCACAGCCCCUUUAGGAAUCCCCCCUCCUGGAUUUGCUCCCGGGGUGCCGCCCCCGCCGCCGCCCCCGUUCUUACGGCCUGGAUUCAACCCUCUGCAUUUACCCCCAGGCUUCCUUCCUCCUGGGCCGCCACCGCCUAUAACCCCUCCGGUGUCUGUGCCGCACACUCCGGCAGUGAACAUCCCAAACUCUACAGCAACGGGUGGGAGUGAGGACACUACAAAGGAGUCGUCUGUAGGAAAUCCCAUCCCAGUAGUUUCUGGAGGCAGAGGGAAUGCUGAAACCACCGAUAGUUCCAAAAUCUAUGGGACUGUUCCACCUCCUGUAGCACCUACUAAUGUCCCUGCUCCCGUCACCCAGACUGUCCCACUCCUUGGCACCCAGGGCGUGGCACCGCCCCCUCCAGCCCCCGUGGUCGGGCUCCAGACUCCAUCCACCGGGCUCCUGGGCGCCCGACCCGGGCUGAUCCCGCUCCAGCGGCCGCCGGGAAUGCCGCCCCCGCCGCUGCCGCGCUUCCCGCUGAUGCCGCCGCGCCACAUGCCCCCCCACAUGAUGCACAGGGGGCCCCCACCGGGGCCGGGGGGCUUCGGGAUGCCUCCCCCCCACGGAAUGAAAACCCCCUUCCCUCCACCGGGGCACUUUGUGAGGCCCGGGGGGGUCCCGGGCAGCGGGGGCCCGGGCGGACCCGAGGAGAACAGGGACGGGCGCCAGUUCAGGAACGACAGGCAGACGUUCACCCCCAACAGAGACCAGGAGAGGUUCGGAAGGAGGUCGUUUGGGAACCGGGUAGAAAACGAGCGUGAGCGCUACGGGAACCGCGGGGACGACCGGGAGCACGAGCGCCUGGGGAACCGCGAGCGGCGCGACUGGGGCCGGCGCAGCCCCGAGCGCGACAGGCACAGGGACUCGGAGGACAGGAACAGGCGCUCCAGCGGCCACCGAGACAGGGAGAGGGAUUCCAGAGACCGGGAGUCGCGCAGAGACAAGGAAGAAGGCCGCGGCAAGGAAAAGCCGGAGGUGACAGACAGGGCGGAGGGCGACAAAAACCACGAGUCCCACGGCGGCAAAGCGGCCGACGCAGACAUUGUUUCAGAACUCGCGGCGGGAGAGUCCGAACCUGCGGGUGCGAAACCUGCGGAAGAGUCGGCACCCGAGGCUACCUCAUCCCUGGAACAGGCGGACAAGGACACGGGCUCCGUGGCGGAGGCUCCGCGCUGAGCCCGGGCCCUGCCGAGCCCGGGUCGGAGUGUCGAGCUUUAGUUGUACAGUGCUGUAAAUCCGCUGCCGCCCCCGGCCCUGCCCAGCGCAGGGGCCCCGCCAGCAAUUUGAUUGCUUCCCCUCCUAUUUAAAAAUAGCCACAGCAUAACAUAAAUACUGAAGAGAUGAUUAAAUAUUACCCGUUUUUGCUGUAACUUUUUUAAAGUUUUGACUUUAAAAAGUUUACGAAUCAGAAGUAGAAGUGCUUUCUAUUUUGUUUUUAAUUUAAGAAAAAGGUAACGGUGAAAGCUCCUCAAAAACAAUAGGGAUGUGUUUUUAAUAAACUCUAUUUUCGUAACAAACUUUUAACGUGUGCUAUUCUUCCUACGCUGCACUGAAGUGGAAAAGGAGUAUUCAACAGCCUAAAGUUGGAACUGUUAAUGCUGUACUGGAGUCUAAAUUAGACUGGUUUGGUUCUGUUUGUGAAAGGAAAAUCCACCUGUUUGUGUAGCGAUUCACAGAAGCGAGUUUUUAUUUGUAACAGUCCUCUGGAGUUUUAGAUUGCUGCAUUUUAAUGAGAUACUUGACCACCCUGGGUAAAAGUUAGUUUUGAGAUGUUAAUUGCAGAGUUAACUGUUUAGUGUUUGUUUGCAAUGCAGUCCAUUCUUUGCUUUAUUUUUUAUUUCCUCCCUCUCAAUUGGUUCUGUGGUUCCUGCUGCCCUUGAUUUGCCUUUUUUUAAGAAGUGACACCUUCAGGCACAUCUGCUCUGCUGUUCCAAGGUGUGUGCUGGGCUUCUCUACCUGUCAGCCACUGAUGCUGCUGGAAAGUGAGACCUCAGAGGCACCACAACCUGCUGUAAAUUGCCAACCUGGUUCUUGAAGUGGAGCUGGGACAAGGAUUCUGCCGCUUCCUCUGGGAUCGGGGCCGCUCCGGUGGGAACACCGGCCCUUCCUUACCCUGCCAGAGGUAGGUUGUGCCCCCCCUGGUGCUGUGCCUCUGGGCUGGGUGUUUCCUGGUGUUCCUGGAGUUCUGCCACCUCCUCUCCAUAGCACUUCCAUGGUUGUGUCACAUUGGACGAGGGCAGUUUCCCAGUGGCUGAUCCCUUGGGCACAGACAGUUUGGGAAGUCCUGCCCCUCCAGAAGCACCAUAGGAAACGUGUUUGAAUCCUGUGCAUAUUUAAUGGAUUUUUUUUCCUUUCUAUAGGUGUGUUUUACCUUUAAAGCUGAGUUUUUCCCCAAGGAAAGGGCAGCUGCUUCCUUAGUCCUUUUUCUCAGCUGCCCUGUGGAAUUGUCUCUGGGGGAGGGAGGGAUGGGAGAGCCAGUGUGGAGCUCUGGACGGGGGAGAGGACAUCUAUUUUUAUGUUCUUGCAAUAGCAGAAUAAAGAGAGAAAGAACCUGUUUA